AUGUAUUACGAUCCCAUCUUUGAGAAAAGUUUUAGUCGUUACGAACGUAAGAGAUUCGGUUGUUGUGCAUUCUUUUUGUGCCUCAUUGUUGCAUUCGCUGUUACCUCAACUCUCAAGCCUCAUUUUCGCUCCGUGUCAAUGAUUGUUGAUCCUGUCAAUUUUCAGUUGUCCAUCAAGGCUGCUCAAAAUAUGCUUGUGCUUGAUGAUAGAUCAGGGGAUAUAAGAGUUGAAGCUAAUUCCUCCACAAUAUAUGUCCUAAAAAACUACUAUGUCGAAACCAUGUUAAAUAAUAACAAUUCAAUCAAUUCUUGGACCAUAGAGCCUUAUCCUAGGAAGUACACUUCUCGUGUCAAGAAAUGGACAAUCAAAUUGUUAGGACACAAUUUUAUCCCAAAAUGUACUCAAAACCACACCCAUCCAGCAAUCCUCUUCUCACUCGGAGGAUUCACCGGAAACUACUUCCACGAUUUUGCCGAUCUCUUAUUCCCGCUAUACUCAACGUCUUAUCGUUUUCGAAAGGAAGUCCAUUUUCUCGCAAGUGAUUACGAACCAUGGUUGACGACUAAAUUCAGACAAAUUUUGGACAAGCUAACCUCAAACCGAAUAUUAGACAUUGACAAAGAAAUCUCGCAAGUCCAUUGCUUCAAAAACAUAGUCGUUGGCCUCAAAUUCCACAAAGAACUUGUCCUACACCCUUCAUUGUCGUCAAAUUCUCCAACGGGGCUUCCAAUGAGCAACUUCAGGCAACUCAUUCGAGAAGCCUACUCUCUCGAAAGAGAAACGGCAAUCAUAUCAAGAAAUAGGCGGCCUCGUCUAAUGAUUGUAUCGCGGACAAGAACACGUGCGAUAACAAACGAAAACGACGUUUCAAGACUGGCAAUAGAGUUGGGGUACGAGGCUGUCUUGGAAGACGCUAGAGUGUCGACUGACGUCGGUAGUUUCGCGAUGAAGGUGAAUUCGUUCGACGUUUUGAUGGGAGUGCACGGUGCGGGGCUAACCAACAUGGUUUUCUUACCGGACAAUGCAGUGUUGAUUCAGGUCGUCUCGUUCGGACCCGUUGACCGAUUUGCUAGGCUUGAUUUUGGAAACCCUACUGCGGGUAUGAACUUGAGGUACUUGGAAUACAAAAUAACAGCGGGAGAGAGUUCUUUGAGCCAACAAUAUUCGAAUGAUCAUCCGAUUGUGAAUAAUCCCAAUUCUUACAAGAGAUGGAAUGACAUUUGGUCAAUAUAUUUGCAAAAACAGAAUGUUACAAUUGAUUUGCUUAGGCUAAAAGGCACACUGGUUAAGGCUCUCAAGCUUUUACGCCAUUGACAUGUUAACUCGUGCAUAUGUCUUCGUCGAUAAUAUCUGUAUCAAAAGUCAUUAAAUCUGAUUUUUUAAAGAUUAAAUAUUAAUUAAACUAUUGCACAGUGUUUUAGGUGUCUCUUCAUUUUACCUAUGUAGCUUUCUAGACAGAUGCUAGAGACUUCUAUUAUUCACAAUAAGUAGAUGUGUAUGUGUGUGUAAGUGUGUAACAAGAACGAAGCUACCCUCCAGUUGUAUCCAAAAACAUAAUUAAAUAAUAGUUGCUCCUUCCAUUAUCUAGAGAUUGUUUUAUUCCUUCUAAUUGUUGGUUUGAGAUCUUGGGCUAGUGAACUUAUUUCACUACUGUAAUUUUACAUGGUAUCAGAGCCAUAAGGGCUCUGGUUGUUCGAAUCGUAAGAUCCCUUGGUGAAGGAAUAAACGGUACUUUAGAAAUGGAA